CGGCCGUGGAGCUCUGGCGAGGCGGGGGCGGCCCCGUCCCGCAGAGCGCUCCGCCGCCGCGGCCCCGCCGCCGCUGGAGUCACCGCCGAGCCGAGGAGGAGGACGAGAUACCGGGGGGACGCUGAAAGAAAAACAACUUUGUGGGUGCCCUGUGGGGAGAUGCAUCUGUGACCUGAAAUAUGUGUUUGGUCAUCUACAGUCUGAGGCAACGGUGUGUGGGCUAUAUAUGACAGAAGAAUUACUUGUGGAUUCAGUCCAGCUGAAUGGCUAUGUCGUAAUAAAGAACUGGUUUAAAAAUGUUAAUGUCUCAAGCCAUUAAUCCAAGUUUGGGAAAGCCUGGCCGCCCAACAGUAAAAACAAUGAAUUUUUUGUAAACGUCGGUGCAUAAAGAACAAGCGGUUGAUAUAUAUUUUACCAUGUGUUCCCUGAUUGUUUAGCACUGAAUCUUUCAUUACACUGAAAUCAUGGUAUGAGGACCGGUGGGGAAGGCCCUCCCCCCAUCCCCAGCACACAUCCAGCAACUAGAGACUGUGUCAAGAUGACCUCUGAGGAGAUGACAGCGUCUGUUCUGCUCUCUGUGGUACAGGGUAAGGUGAUAGCUGCCCAGUCAGCUGGAGAUGAAAAUACUGAGAAUGCUUUGGACACCAGUGUUAUAAGAAGACAUAAAGCCAGUUCAGGAAGGCAAACCACACACGAUCUGUCUUACUUACACAGACUUGAAGAAGAAAGUCUUCAGGGCUCAGUGCCCAAAAUAUUCCCUCUGGCUAAAGAACAACUGGCUAACGACAAGAGUAAUGAAAACUUCUGGGAGAGGAACAACUCCAUCUCUGAUUCAGUGGAAUUUUUUAACAUUAACUGUAACAUUGUACAGAAGAACUACAAGAGCAAUAUCUCCUGCAGCCAGUUGUAUCAAUCUUGUGGUCCUUUAGCAGGGGAAGAGGCAUGCCUGGAAACUGGAAUUCCUGUUUCUCUGGAAAGAGCCAUGCUUGCUGAAAUUCAGUUGAAAAUGAAUGGACCUUCAUUAAGAAGCCAGACAGCAGUAAAUAAGAAUGACAGCAGUGAUCCUGAUAAAGUGGCCUUUUUUCACUUACAUUGUGCUAGUGAAAGGAAUAUAUCAAAGGCUUUGUGUGGUUUACACAAGAGCUUCCUUUUGGAUGACUGCUUGCAGCCCACGAGUGAUGGUGAUGGUAACACCGCUGGUUCCCCAGCCUGCACUUGCAGCAUAAUGCAGUUAACAAAUAAUUGUGAGAAUAAAAAUGGACAGCAGUUGUAUGAAGAUGCUUUAAGGGAUAAGUUCUUAUGUCUGGAAAGAGCACCACGAAAGGUUAAAGUGGCAUGCUCAGGUGACAACUUCUGUGGAAAUAACUUUACUGGAAGGAUGCCCUCAAAGCCCUUUCUGAGCCAUUUUGAGGACUGCAGUGAUAACUGUGAAGAAGAGCUGGAAGAGGAUUUUUUUAGAAACAAAAAGGAACGUUCGACGCUAUUAAUAAGACGUUUCUGUAAAAAUGAUAAAGAGGUUAAAAAAUCAGUUUAUACUGGAACAAGAGCAAUUUUUAGGACUUUACCAUCAGGGCACAUAGGAACUGUUGCUUGGAAUUUUGUUGAGCAAAGGAGAAACAACAGUGGCAUGAAGCUUUCUAGGAUUACAACAGAACAGCUAACUAUAAUUCAGUCCCUAAUAAAAUGGAAAUUUAAUUCCUGUCCUGAGAAGUCUUUAUGGUAUGAGAUCUUCAGUACAGUGAGAGAAGAGGAGGAAGGAGCAGAAGAUAUUUUUGAAUUUAUUCCUCAUCUUCUGAGGAAGCUCCCAACAUCUGUUACAGACUGUAUAUACAAAGGAGAUGGUUUUUGUGUAAAACCAUGUGUAACAGGUGCUUACUGUCAAUAUCGUGCCACUUCUCAGAGGACUGCACUCUCUAACUAUGUAACUGGUGCUUUACUAGAAGCAACUACAUCAUUAGGAGCAAGAAGUGGUCUGUUAAAUAUCUUCGGAGGAUCAACUGGAAGAACAAUGCUUAAAGAACGACAAGCGUGUACAUCCAUGGCUGGCUCCAGCGUGCUUCCCUCCAGCGUGGCCGGUAUCAGCAGGGAGCUGAUCGAGCUGCAGCACCUCAUCCAGUUCCCAGAGGAGGUUGCCAGCAUCCUGACCGAGCAGGAGCAGGAGCUCUACCGCAAAGUCUUACCCAUCGACUACCUCUGCUUCCUCACCAGGGAUUUGGGCAGUGCUGAGUGUCAAAGCAAGCUGCCGUCUAUUAAGGCAUCCAUAUCUGCUACUGUUCUUUCUGCUCCCAAUGGAGAACAUAACGCUGUAGAAGAUCUUGUGACAAGGUUUAAUGAGGUGAGCUCCUGGGUGACCUGGCUGAUCCUGACUGCAGGUUCUAUGGAGGAGAAACGAGAAGUCUUCUCAUACUUAGUACAUGUGGCAAAGUGCUGCUGGAAUAUGGGCAACUACAAUGCUGUAAUGGAAUUCCUGGCAGGGCUAAGGUCUAGAAAGGUUUUAAAAAUGUGGCAAUUUAUGGACCAGUCUGAUAUUGAAACCAUGCGAAGUCUGAAGGAUGCUAUGGCACAGCAUGAGUCAUCAUCUGAAUACAGGAAAGUGGUCAACCGGGCACUCAAUAUUCCAGGCUGCAAAGUUGUUCCUUUCUGUGGUGUCUUUUUAAAAGAGCUCUGUGAAGUUUUGGAUGGAGCAUCAAGCCUCAUCAGACUCUGUCCACGAUAUAACUCCCAGGAUGAAACACUAGAGUUUGUUUCAGAUUACAGUGGACAAGAUAAUUUCCUACAACGAGUAGGCCAGGAUGGUUUAAAUAAUCCAGAAAAAGAAUCAACAACAAACAAUAUCUUUCAAACAAUUCGGAGCUGCAAUCGCAGUUUGGAGUCUGAAGAGGGUGAAGAUAAUGUCAGUGAAGGGAGCAGCUCAAGGAAAAACUCCUUGAAGGACAAAAACCGCUACCAAUUUCUCAUUGGAGAUCUUUCAGACUCUGAAAGUGACAUAUUUGAGCAGUUGAAAGAAUGGGACACCAGUUCAACAGAAGAGCAGCAAAAGGCUUUCUGCCAUGGGAUAGAGCUCAUUCCCUGGUACGUGUUGUCCAUCCGGGCUGACGUCCAUCAGUUCAUGCAGCAAGGGGCGACCGUCAUUCAUUACGACCAGGAGACACAUCUCUCCGCUCGCUGCUUCCUCCAGCUCCAGCCUGACAAUAGUACUUUGACUUGGACAAAACCCACCACAGUUUGCCCUGCAAAUGCUAAGGCAAAACUGAGUGUGCUGGGCAAUACUGCUGAGCUUGGUAAAUACCAGUUUCUUGGUAAUACUGGGCUGGUGGAAGGCUUUUUGGACUUGUUUUCUGCCAAGGCAGUAUAUAUGGGGCACUCAGGCAUUGAUAUGCACACUGUGUGUGUUCAAAAUAAGCUUUGCAAUAUGUCCCUUGAAGAAAAUGGUAUAACACUACUUUAUGGACUUCAGACUACUGAUAAUAAGUUGCUGCACUUUGUUGCUCCAAAAUACACUGCCAGAAUGCUGUAUGAUGGAUUGCUGGAAUUGACUAAAGCUGUAAGAAAAAUGAGGAGAUUCCCUGAUCAAAGACUACAGUGGCUACGGAAACAGUAUGUCAGCCUUUACCAGGAGGAUGGAAGGUUUGAAGGCCCAACCUUGGCUCAGGCUGUUGAGCUGUUUGGAGGCAGACGAUGGAGUGCAAGAAGCACAGGCACGGGAUCUCUCACCAAAAGCACUGAGAAGCCCAAUGUGCAGAGGAACAACACUCUGGGAAUCAGUACAGCUAAGAAAAAGAAGAAAGUACUCAUCAGGGGUGAAAGUGGAGAGGCCACUGAUGAUGAAAUGGCAACUCGGAAGGCAAAAAGCUGUAAGGAAUAUCGUAAUAGAAGUGGUUCAGAUCCCCAAGAUAUUGAUGAACAAGAAGAACCAGAUCAAAAUAUUAUUAUUAAUGCUUCUCCAUCUAACAACCUUCCAUCAAGAAGAGCUCACUCUCUGACAGCAUCUGGAUCUCCCAGCUUAGGAGCCACAUCAUCUUCACCAGCAAGACCAGUCUCCUCUCCUGUAAUAUCAUCAAGCAAAAGUCAGUCUAGCACAUGGAGCAGCAGUAGCUGGCAUGGCCGUGUCAAAGGAGGAAUGAAAGGAUUUCAGAACUUCAUGGUGUCUGAUAGUAACAUGACUUUUGUGGAAUUUGUAGAGCUCUUCAAAUCUUUCAGUGUCCGUAGCCGCAAGGAUCUGAAAGACCUUUUUGAUGUUUACGCUGUGCCUUGCAAUCGAUCUGGCUUAGAGCCUGCUCCACUUUAUACUAAUUUGAAGAUUGAUGAAAAUAGCUGUGGAUUCCAGCCUGAUUUAGAUUUGUUGACUAGAAAUGUUUCAGACCUUGGUUUGUUCAUUAAGAGCAGGCAGCAGCUAUCAGACAACCAGAGGCAAAUAUCUGAUGCUAUUGCUGCUGCCAGCAUCGUAACCAAUGGUACUGGAGUUGAAAGCACAUCACUGGGAGUGUUUGGAGUAGGAAUCCAGCAGCUGAACGACUUCCUAGUGAAUUGCCAAGGAGAACACUGCACCUAUGAUGAAAUCCUCAGUAUUAUCCAGAAAUUUGAACCUAGUGUGAACAUGUGCCAGCAGGGGCUGCUAUCUUUUGAAGGAUUUGCAAGAUUUUUGAUGGAUAAAGACAACUUUGCCUCCAAAAAUGAUGAAUCACAGGAGAAUGCUGAGGACUUGCACUUUCCCCUCUCAUAUUACUACAUAGAAUCCUCACACAAUACUUACCUUACUGGCCAUCAGCUUAAAGGGGAGUCCUCAGUGGAGCUGUACAGCCAGGUUCUUUUACAAGGCUGCAGAAGCGUAGAAUUGGACUGCUGGGAUGGUGAUGAUGGCAUGCCUAUCAUUUAUCAUGGGCACACUCUUACUACAAAGAUCUCUUUUAAGGAGGUGGUGGAAGCCAUCGACCGCAACGCGUUCAUCACCUCCGACAUGCCGGUCAUCAUCUCCAUAGAGAACCACUGCUCGCUGCCCCAGCAGCGCAAGAUGGCCGAGAUCUUCAAGAGUGUAUUUGGAGAUAAGUUGGUGACAAAGUUUUUAUUUGAGAGUGACUUUUCUGAUGAUCCCAUGCUGCCUUCCCCUGGUCAACUGAGAAGAAAAAUCCUGCUUAAAAACAAAAAGCUGAAAGCCCAUCAAACUCCAGUGGAUAUAUUGAAACAAAAGGCUCACCAACUGGCACAUUUGCAAGCACAGGCUAACAACGGGGCUAGCAACCCCACACCCACCAAUGAAGAGGAAGAAGAUGAGGAAGAUGAAUAUGACUAUGACUAUGAAUCUCUCUCUGAUGAUAAUAUUCUUGAAGAUCGACCUGAGAAUAAAUUAUCAAGUGAUAAACUGCAGUUUGAAUAUAAUGAAGAGACUGCCAAACGACUAAAGAAGGCUGAUGGUGCUACUUACAAUAACAAAGGAAAGGUUUACGACAUGGAGCUGGGUGAAGAAUUCUAUCUUCCACAGAACAAGAAGGAAAGCAGACAGAUAGCCCCAGAGCUAUCAGAUCUUGUCAUUUACUGUCAGGCAGUAAAGUUCCCUGGCUUGUCAACUCUAAACCCAUCUGGCUCUAGCAGAGGAAAAGAAAGAAAAAGCAGGAAGUCCAUUUUUGGCAACAAUCCUGGCAGGCUGAGCCCUGGGGAGUCAGCUGCUCUUGCCAAAGCAUCUGGAAAAGGUCCCUUUGAUGCGAUGCGGCCGACCUGGGAAGAUCCUUGCUCUCCUUACAACUCUCCAGCCUCCCUCAGUGCCAUCAUAAGGACUCCCAAGUGCUACCACAUCUCGUCCCUGAACGAGAACGCGGCCAAGCGGCUCUGCAGGCGCUACUCGCAGAAGCUGAUCCAGCACACCACCUGCCAGCUGCUGAGGACCUACCCCGCUGCCACGCGCAUCGACUCCUCCAACCCCCAGCCCCUCAUCUUCUGGCUCCACGGCGUGCAGCUCGUGGCUCUGAACUACCAAACAGACGAUCUUCCUCUGCAACUCAACGCAGCAAUGUUUGAGGCUAACGGUGGCUGUGGAUAUGUGCUGAAACCUCCAGUUCUGUGGGAUAAAAACUGUUCUAUGUACCAGCAUUUUUGUCCAUUGGAAAGAGAUCUUGAUAAUAAGGAGCCAGCUAUAUAUUCUUUAACAAUCGUGUCUGGCCAGAACGUUUGCCCCAGCAACAGCACGGGCAGCCCCUGCAUCGAGAUCGACGUGCUGGGGAUGCCCCUGGACAGCUGCCACUUCCGCACCAAGCCCAUCCACCGCAACACCCUCAACCCCAUGUGGAACGAGCAGUUCCUGUUCCGCGUUCACUUCGAGGAUUUGGUCUUUCUGCGCUUCGCCGUGGUUGAAAACAACUGCUCGGCUGUCACAGCCCAGAGGAUCAUUCCCCUGAAGGCGCUGAAGAGAGGCUACAGACAUGUCCAGCUCCAUAACCUACACAAUGAAACAUUAGAAAUUUCCAGUUUGUUCAUUAACAGUCGGAGAAUGGAAGAAAGUCCCUCUGGAAACACUCUGCCUGCAUCUAUGUUGUUUAGCCCGGGAGAAAGGAAAGCUGCCGUGACUUACAAAGUGACAGUUCAUGGAAUUCCAGGCCCGGAGCCUUUCACUGUGUUCAGUGUGAGUGCAGGGACCACGGCUGCACAGCUGCUCCAUCAGCUCUUGGCUACCAUAAAAGGCACCGAGUCAUGCGCUGCAGACUAUUUUCUGAUGGAAGAGAAAAGUUUUAUAUCAAAAGAAAAGAGUGAAUGCAGAAAACCACCAUUCCAGAGAGUGAUUGGUCCUGAAGAAGGGCUAGUGCAGCUUUUAAACAGUUGGUUUCCAGAAGAAGGAUAUGUUGGAAGAAUUAUCUUUAAAACUCGAGAGGAAAAUUUAAAUGAGAGAAAUGUCUUUCAAGAAGCAAAGGAAGAAGCAGCCCUCAGCUCUGAGGAUGACAGCUUCUUUGUUCAGGUACAUGAUGUCUCCCCAGAGCAGCCACGCACCGUGAUCAAAGCUCCGCGCCUCAGCACGGCCCAGGAUGUCAUACAGCAGACUCUCUGCAAAGCCAAGUACUCCUACAGCAUUUUGAGCAAUCCAAACCCAAGUGAUUAUGUGCUCUUGGAAGAGGUGACUAAAGAGCCAGCAAACAAAAAGUCUUCAACAUCUAAACCAUCUCAGAGGAUUCUCUCUGAUCAGGAGUGUGUGUUUCAGGCCCAAAGCAAGUGGAAGGGAGCAGGAAAAUUCAUCCUUAAGCUCAAAGAACAGGUUCAGGCAGCACGAGAUGACAAGAGAAGAGGCAUCUCCUUCACCAGCGAGCUGAAGAAGCUGACCAAGUCGAGCAGGCAGUACCGGGGCUUCGUGUCCGACAGCGGCCAGGGCAGGGAGGACAGAGCCGCGUGCGCCCUGGCCUUCAGCGACAUCAUGGAGUAGUCCUGCCCAGUGCCUUUGAAGGAUCCUGCUGCGGACUGACCUGGUCAGAGUUGUGUGCCCUGUGCUACAGAUGCUUAAUGCAGGCAGUGCUGCUGGAUUAACAUCCAGACUCUGGGAAUCCUAAAUGGGAGGCUGUAGAUGGGAGAGGUGCCCGUCAGCUCUUGGAAGAUUCCUCUCUUCCUGUUUCUUCACAUCUGCAGAUUCUCCAUAGGCGGAUGGAGAAGUUUUCUUGGACUGUAUGUUGUAAACAAGCACGUGUCAUCAUCCUCCCCUUUUUAAACAAAAGAUAAUUUUAGCUUGUUGCCUCUAAGGAAUCAGAAGGCAGAGAACCAGAGUGGUCUUUUAUGUGUAUUAUAUUAAAAUAACGCACUUUUACCUGAUGAUUACUGUUAAACACUGUGUUAAGUGAUUGUAAAGAGAUUUAAAUAUACUGUAACUUCCUUUGCAUAUCUGUUUAACUUUGGUGAAUAUACACAAAACACUCAAAAUUAUUUAUGGUUUAUCUACAUUAACAAAAUAAUGUACAAUACCUGAGUAUACCUUACUGGUAGUGAGACCUUGGCAAGGAACAACAUUUUCUUCUUAUAAAUUUUUGUUUUCCAGGCUUGUGUUUAAAGAAAGAAUAUUUAUUAUCAUGUUUCAAAGUACAUGCCUUUGUAUAGUAUAUUUAUCAUAUACUACUUUUUAGAAAAUGCAGAUUUUUUUAUCUUUCUCUGGAUUUAGAGGAAAAAAAAUGUUAGAACUUUUCUGGUUCUUUCUUUUCAGCACAAGAUGUAUAAUACCCAGUACUGACCAAAUUAAAAACAAUGCAUUGAUAAGUGUAAUUAACAUUUCAAAAUUUUGAAUUCAAACCACAUUUUUCCAUGGAGUCAGGAACUGUCUUUUUACUUGUCUGUUAAACCCAGAUAGUAUAAAGAACUUUUAACUCUUGACAAUUCUGUUUACAUAGCAACACUGUUGUGAAGUUUUACUUGUGUGCUGAAUUCAUCUUUUGUUAUCUAAGUUAGUUAUGGUAGUCUUUUAUUUUUCCCUCCAUGGGAGUUACUGGUGUGUUUAGUUAUUUAAAAUAAUCCAUUACAGGGGCACAAAUUAAACAACUGCUGCCAUCAGCCAUCCCUUUCAUCUCCCACAAGAGGAGUGUCUGUGGGGAACAAACUGCUCUGCACAUGUUUUUGUUUCACUAGAGCAAACCCUAAACAGAGGAAAAAAGUUACAGGCAGUAGUCUCAUGACAGCUAAUGCCAUUCCCCCCAUGAAUAAGAAAGUGUAAUAAAAGAAAACAAAAUUAUUAACUGGCAUAUAAACAAGCAGACAGAACCUGCAUUCUGUCACCAGAAACUACGGUGUCUUUCACUAUACACGACAGAAAAUGCCUAUAAGGUAGCCAUUUACCAAAGCAAAAAAGUGCCCUCUUGAGGUCACUUCCAGCUUUCAGAAAAAAUAACCACAGACAUACAAAAAAGUCAAAUUUCUCAGUGGCAUAUCCUCACAGAGGCCAUGCACUUCCCACUGCUCAUCUUUCACAGAAGUUUUGAACUUAGGUACCAAAUCAGCAUUUUGCCAAUCAGCAACAUGGCCCAAGUCAAGCCCCCAAGCAGCUCAUGCUGUCACUCAUUUCCAGGCCCAGCUGCAGCAGCCCCUGUGAGGGACAUGUGCUCCCUCCCCUCCCUCCCAAGGGAAAGACUGAGCUCCAGCAAAAUGUUAACAACUGACAACUUACACAUAGGUCUAUAUGCAUCAUUUGCUUUGGAUACUUUGGAAUUACUGGGAAAUACAUCAACCUGCUGCACAGUUCAACUGAUGCAACCAUUUUUUAAAUGUUAGCUUCAUUCUCUCUGUUACUUUAACACAGCAGUAGUUUGAUGUCACUGAGAAAUUUUUCCUUUUGGUGUUUUUUAUGGCAUUUUAAAAACACUUAAAGUCCUGUAGUUUGCCCUUACCUGUUUAGCUUUUUCUUUUUUGUUGGUGUGGUUUUUUGGGUUGAUUUUUAUCUUUAGCCACUCUGAAAAUUUUUAGUAUCACCUGUAAUAUCACAGUAGGCUAGCAGACACCCUUGCUAAUUAGUUGGAUUCAAUAUAGAAAGUUCUUAUACCCACGGGGUCAUCCCCUAGUGCUUUUCUGUCACAUAGAUUUAAAAUAAAAAUCAUGGAGAAGCAAAGGGGACAUCAGCAGUCAUGUCAUAUUGUGCACCACAGGCCCAACACUAGCCUGAAGUAUUCUGGACAUUUAAAAUCAGCAGUUUCAUACUAUUUCUGCUAACACAAUUGUUCUAGCUGUUGGAAUAACUUCUUAAUAUAAAUAUCUUCAUCAUCAAUCACAGUCAAAACCUCCUUUGUCUGCUCUUUAUCACAGUGAAAGAGAACAGCAAAAUAUUUGGCUUUUUAUUUAAAAACUCGAACUUUGUAGGCAUGUAGACAUCUGGAACUGUGGAAGACUAAUGAACCUGUUCCAGUAUUUUCAUUAAAAUACACACAUCACUUAAUUUAAAGUGUUGGUAAAUAUCCAGGUGAACUUUUCUUGGUGAAACAUGAUACACUUUGGGGUGAAUUUGGGAAAGAACUGCAGUGCCCUUCCUCUUGCUGGUUCCAAGUAGUGGAAAUACAACUCCACUUGAAGCAUUAAAGAGCAAGGGGGAGUUGUUAGCGUUUGUGAAAGCCCAAUUAAAGAGCUUGCAUGUGCUAAGCUGUUACACUAAUAGGAAUGUUUAUUCUGUUUAGCCACAGAUUUUAUUUCUGCAAAAAUCUGUCCACACAUUCCUAUGACAAAACUGACAAAAUAACUUCGUCCUUUUCCAUGCUUUUGGCUGAGUAUGGAUAUCAAUUAGGAAAAUACAUUCAUUUUUACAUUACAAACUACUUACAGGAAGCAACUUCCAGGAUAAAGUUUGAAGGAAAGGAAUGUAAAUAAUCAACAUCUUCCAGAAACAUGCAGUCUCUGAGCAGUAGCAGGCCUUGCACCGCACACUUUUCAGGUGGAAAUCUCUUGCUUCUCCUGCUCCACUGCCUAUUGGCAAAACCACAAAAGUACUCUAUUCUGUCCUAUUUAAAACCUGCUCCCUUUCUACCAGUUUCUGACCCUUUUGUGUGCAGCACAUGGUGCUUGCAGUGUGUGGCUGUCAGAGCCAAGAGCUGGGCAGUCCCAGAGCUGUGUGCGUGCAGAGCUCUCCGCUUGUAGGGCCCGGGCACUCCAGGAGCUGCUUCCUCUGCCGCCCACAGGGCUUCCUGCCUCUGCCUCACUGACCCCAGCAACAGCAGGCAGAACUCUAAAAAAUACCAUCUCAGCUUUUGGCUUUUUAAGCCUAGCUUUUCCCUUGCUCACAAAUAUUACCAGGUGAGGUGUCUGAAUAGCUGCUUUUAGGAAGGUGUCUGCUAGAAUUCACAGGCUUUCGAGAAUUAAACACUUCAACACAGAAAUAUCCAAAUACUUCAACAACACUUUCUCUUCCAUUCAUCAUUUAUUUUCAAAAAGAGAAAACUGCUGGUAGCUUUAGAGGCUAAGUCUUCAGCUUCUGAAACUCAACUGUCUUUUCUGCUUUUCAAAUGCUUCAAUUAACAUCUGGUGUUUAAUCACUGUCUGUUACUAUUCCACUGUAAAACUCAGUUUACUUUUAGGGUAGCCCACUAAAUGUACCAAUGGUGGCAGUUUUUUCCUGUCUGUGAUAAAUAUUUUGUAACUUAAAUAGUGAUAGACAUUUGGCAGAGUUAGCAAAUUAAACACAAAAAUAAACAGCAGUAAAUAGAUUUUGCUCCAAUAGAUGUAUAAGCUCUUUCAGAAUGACUUGUACAGUUGUCUUCCUCUGCCUCUUCAAGCAUGUCAAAAUAUUCUGACAAUGCAACAUCACUAUGUGCCAGUCUUUAUAUGUUUGGAAAUUAUGUAAAAUGAACAAUUUUAAAAGAGACUUUUCCACCUGGACUGUUUUCUCUCUGCUGACUUGAAUAAACUGUAUUUGUAUAUGUUGUAAAAAAAUAAAUGGUUUAAGAUGUUGAA